UACGCAGGAGCAGCAAGAUACCGACAAGACAAAGACUGGACUGGACUGGACUAGACAAGACCCUGGAGGGGCGGAUCAAGCGCCAGUAGUCGGCCGUCGCACCACCCCUAGCCAGCGUAUAAUUUUGGCGAUACCACACCCACCUCGUCGUGCCAUCCAUCUCUCCCACUGGCGCCUUCGCCACGCCUCGUCCCUCGUCUUGCAACCUACACAGUCCAGUCAAUCGUGCGAGGCACAGCAGCUGUGUUGGUUGCUUGCUUCGUUGCUUGGCCUGCAGGUCCCUUGCCUUGCUCACAUCGUCGCCCACCUCCGAUCCUCCUCUUUGUCCUGCUGCCUCCUCGCGCCUCGCCAUAAAGAGCUUUGGCAAGUCAGUCGCGCCGCUUCGACUCGCGUGCUCCCCGACCCGCUCUUCGACUUUUUUUUCUUCUUCUUGCCUUUCCGCCUCGCCGACCGACCCUCGCGACUACUAUACCAUUGAUCGCUCUCGGUCGUGGGUAAAGUACGCUUCGUCUCUCCGUUGCGUCCAGUAUCGUCAACGUCGUUGCUUCCGACGUUGUGUCUUGUCGCCCGCGCCCCAAGCCACGGUCCCCGGACCCCGACCGCCCAAACAGCCACAAUGGGCAUCAUCCAUAAGAUCAACGUCAAGGUCGCGGCCAGCCCGGUCGGGCGCUGGUUCCGCCUCGACGGCAGCGGUCAUCCUCGCGAGCGCAAGGGCUCGUAUUUCUUCACCGAGAUCCGCGCCGGCCUCGCCACCUUCUUCGCCAUGGCAUACAUCAUAGCCGUCAAUGCAUCCAUUGUCGCCGACUCGGGCGGUACCUGCGUCUGUCCCGGCACCGAGGCCGAUCCCAUCUGCAACAAAGAUCAGGAGUACCUACUCUGUCUCCAGGACAUUAAGCGCGAUGCCGUCACCGCCACUGCGUCCAUCUCUGCCCUGGCCAGCUUCUGCAUGGGUCUGUUCGCCAAUCUUCCUGUUGGCCUCGCGCCCGGAAUGGGCUUGAACGCCUACUUCACUUACACCGUCGUGGGCUUUCACGGUAGCGGCCUUGUCCCGUAUCAGGUUGCCCUGACGGCCAUCUUCGUUGAGGGCUGGAUCUUCCUCGGCCUCGCCAUCUUCGGCAUGCGUCAAUGGCUGGCUCGCGCCAUUCCUCAGUCCAUCAAGCUCGCCACCGGCGUAGGCAUCGGUCUCUUCCUCACCGUCAUCGGCUUGACGUACAGCGAGGGCAUCGGCCUCAUCGUUGGCUCCCAGGCCACCCCAACCGAGCUCGCCGGCUGCUCGCCCGAGAACCGGAACCCCGACGGAACCUGCCCCAGCUGGGACAAGAUGCGACACCCCGCCAUGUGGGUGGGUAUCUUCUGCGGUGGCAUCCUUACCGUCCUCCUCACCAUGUACCGCGUGAAGGGCGCAAUCAUCAUCGGCAUCAUCCUCGUCAGCAUCAUCUCCUGGCCCCGCAACACCCCCGUGACCUACUUCCCCUACACCGACGUGGGCAAUAGCUCGUUUGACUUUUUCAAGCAAGUCGUCAGCUUCCACAAGAUUGAGAACAUCCUCAACGUUCAGGAAUGGAAGGUCUCCGAGUACGGCGGCCAGUUCGGCCUGGCUCUCAUCACCUUCCUCUAUGUCGACAUUCUCGACUGCACGGGCACCCUGUACGGUAUGGCUCGCUUCGCCGGCCUCAUCGACCCCGUCACCCAGGACUUUGAGGGCUCCUCUGUUGCGUACAUGGUCGAUGCCAUCAGCAUCUCCAUCGGCGCCAUUCUCGGAGUGCCCCCCGUCACUGCUUUCGUCGAGUCCGGUGCUGGCAUUUCCGAGGGUGGCAAGACUGGUUUGACCGCCGUCGUUUCCGGCAUCUGCUUCUUCAUCUCCAUCUUCUUCGCACCCAUUUUCGCCUCCAUCCCGCCGUGGGCCACGGGCUGCGUGCUGAUUUUGGUCGGCUCCAUGAUGGCCAGCGCUGUGACGGAGAUCAACUGGAAGUACAUGGGCGACGCCGUGCCGGCCUUCCUCGCCAUCGCACUCAUGCCCUUCACGUACUCCAUUGCUGACGGCCUCAUCGGCGGCAUCUGCUCCUACAUCCUCAUCAACACCGUUGUCUGGCUCAUCAAACGCGCCAGCGGCGGCCGUGUCGUGCCACCCAAUAUCGAGGACAAGGAGAACUGGACGUGGCGCAUCCCCGGUGGCUUCUUCCCGCCUUGGCUGGUGCGCCUAUUCCAGGGAAAGAAGGAUUUUUGGCGCGAGGAGUAUCCUCAAGUUUCCGACACUCCGGCGCAUGAGCCCAAACUCAGCACUGAUCCGGAUGCUGCUUCGGAGACCGGUCGUGUCGCUGAGCCCGCAACAGUCAAGUCGUGAGGCUCAUGUCGCUUCGGCUUUCUAUUCUUGUCUUGUUUUUCCCGGCGUGAACGGCAUCCUGUGUCGGAUGAAGGCCACAGCGUCAGUCCCGAUGACAGAUAGGAGCGGGGGAGGUGUAGUCGGCGCGAAGGAUUGCAUUCGUGCGCGGCGUUACGUUGGUAGUCAGCCUGU